AUGAAUUCUAGAAAAUAUAAUUUUUAUAUACUUGCAAGAUCAUUUGACAAUCAGAAUGACCUCAUAAAUACAGAUAUGACCGACAGUGAUGGUACAUUGCAAAAUUAUUGUAUGAAAUAUGUAGAUAAACAAGACAAACUAAAAAUUAAAUCAGAUUUAUUCCUACCAUGCAUGAAAGUAAUGACUUAUUUGGGUAAAAAAAAAUAUAUAUCUACAGAAAGGGAUGAUUCAGAUGUAUCCUGCGUCUACAUAUUUUAUUUGAUAAAUAAAGAACUUCAAAAUAGUAGAACUAAUGACGAAUUAAAACAAUUUUAUAAGGAUAUUCUCCUUGAAUAUAAGCGUCUAAAAAAUAAUGACAUAUGUAAAGAUUAUGAGCAAUAUAUUCCAGAAAUUGAUUUAAAUAAAAUCAAAGAUAUGAAUGAUAUGAAUAAUUAUAUUGAUAGAAUAAAAAAUAAUAAUGAACGUUUGUCUCAGAUAUGUAAUUUAGCUCAAAAGUGCUCUGAAAUAUAUAUGCGUAACAAGGUCACGUGUGAACACAAUUAUGACCCUGAUUUUUGUAAAGCACUAAAAAAUAUUAUGGAAGAAUAUAAUGAUUUAAUGAAAGAUAGAAAUUGUGAAAAUAAUACACUCUCAUUACUUCCAUCGAUUCAGAUGUAUAAGGAAAAAAGUCCUAUUUUAAUUCCCAGUAUUUUUAUGUUAAUAAUUGCCUUUUUUUUGUUUUUUCUGUUUAAGUUCACACCAUAUGGUCCGUACUUUAGACGUACUAUAAAACGGAAUAUAUUCAAAAGCACUAAUUUAGGUAAGGAUUUUAAUGAGUACCUGAGUUCAGAAGCACAUAGCACUAUUUCUGGUAUUCGCAGAUAUAAUAUUUUAUAUAAUUGUGUAUAG